AUGGCAGUGACUGAACCCAAGAAGAUCAUCAUUGACACCGACCCUGGCAUCGAUGAUGCCAUGGCCAUCUUUGUGGCAUUACAAUCCCCGGAGGUGGAAGUGAUUGGACUUACUACCAUAUAUGGAAACGUUUAUACGACUCUGGCCACAAGAAAUGCCUUGCAUUUGUUGGAGGUUGCAGGGAGAACUGAUAUUCCCGUGGCUGAAGGAUCUCAUGUCACAAUAACUAAAGGUACAAAACUUCGUAUUGCUGAUUUUGUUCAUGGUGCGGAUGGACUUGGCAACCAAAAUUUCCCCCCACCAAAAGGAAAGCCAAUUGAACAGUCAGCAGCAGCUUUUCUGGUUGAACAAGCAAACCUUUACCCUGGAAAAAUCACUGUGGUAGCAUUGGGCCCACUUACAAAUAUUGCACUGGCUACUCAACUAGAACCUGCAUUUGCAAAGAACAUUGGGCAGAUUGUUCUUCUUGGUGGUGCUUUUGCAGUCAAUGGGAAUGUGAAUCCAGCAGCAGAGGCCAACAUAUUUGGGGAUCCAGAUGCUGCAGAUAUAGUAUUUACAAGUGGAGCAGAUAUUUUGGGUGUGGGGAUAAAUGUUACCCAUCAAGUUGUAUUGACAGAUGCUGAUCGGGAAAAGUUGGCAAGGUCAAAUGGAAAAUUUGCUCAGUACUUGUGCAAAAUUUUAGAUGUGUACUUCUCCUACCAUCGUGAUGCCUAUAGCACAAAAGGAGUUUACCUUCAUGAUCCCACAGCACUUCUUGCAGCUGUUAAUCCUUCACUCAUCACUUACACAGAGGGUGUUGUUAGAGUACAGACAAACGGCAUCACAAGAGGACUCACAAUUUUGUACAACAAACAGAAAAGGUUUGGUGAAGUGACGGAGUGGUCUGAUAAACCCACGGUGAAGGUUGCAGUGACGGUUGAUGCUCCCGCAGUAGUCAACUUGGUUAUGGAACGCCUCAUGGACUCUUGA